AUGGUAGCCAAAGGUGGUUCAUAUGGUAGAUCCAAAGAUUCCUAUGAAGAUGAAUCCAUUCUCUUAGAAAGUACAGCCGCGCGGCUAUACCCGCUUGUACCUAAUUUUAUGACAACGCCGUUCGGCUAUACUCGGUUUGUUUUUCAAAAAAAAAAUCUGGCGAAUCGGACUCUAACUCAUCACUACGAACGUCUAGGGCACAGAGCAAGCCCGUUCCAGGUUUUGAGCAGUGUUCCAGAUAUCGGCCUAGGCGCUAGGCGGGAGAACACCGACACCAGGGAGUUAAGGGGGGCCUAG